CGGCGGCUGCAAGCUCUGGCCGCUGCCGGUGACUCAGGCAGCUGGGACUGGGAGGCGGGGUAAGAGCGCCUCGGCCUCAGCUGAGUGGAGAGGAGGAAGAAAGGGAGGAGCCCUUCCUGCGGGCGUGGAAACCAUGGUGCUCACGCUCGGAGAAAGUUGGCCAGUCUUGGUGGGGAGGAGAUUCCUCAGUCUCUCGGCCGCCGACGGGAGCCAAGACAGCUGGGAUGUGGAGCGCGUCGCCGAGUGGCCCUGGCUUUCCGGGACCAUUCGAGCCGUCUCGCACAACGACGUUGCCAGAAAGGAUCUGAAGGUGUGUGUGGAGUUUGAUGGCGAAUCUUGGAGGAAGAGAAGAUGGAUAGACGUCUAUAGUCAACUAAGGAGAGCAUUUUUAGUAGAGCAUAACUUGGUUUUGGCUGAGCGGAAGUCUCCCGAGGAUUCUGAACAUGUUCAGUGGCCUGCACUAAUGUACAAAUCUCUUUUGGACAAAGCUGGUUUGGGAUCCAUAACUUCUGUUCGUUUUCUAGGAGAUCAACAAAGAGUGUUUCUUUCUAAAGACCUUUUGAAGCCUAUACAGGAUGUAAACAGUCUUCGACUUUCCCUUUCGGAUAAUCAGAAUGUCAGUAAAGAAUUUCAAGCUUUGAUUGUGAAACAUUUAGAUGAAAGUCAUCUUUUACAAGGUGACAAAAACUUAGUUGGUUCAGAAGUAAAGAUUUACAGCUUGGAACCACAUACUCAGUGGUUUUCAGCAACCAUUGUAAAUGGGAACCCAGCGUCAAAAACUCUUCAAGUCAACUGUGCUAAGAUUCCAGCACUGAAUAUUAUUGAACCGUCACUGAUACAUGUUGAAGUUAUACAUGAUAACUUUGUGGCAUGUGGUAAUUCUACAACAAUUGGAGCUAUAAAACGGAAGUCUUCUGAAAAUAAUGGAGGCCAGGUUUCCAAACAAGCAAAAUCUUGCUCAGAGGCUUCUCCCAGUAUGUGUCCUGUACAGUCUGUUCCCACAACAGUUUUUAAGGAGAUACUACUUGGCUGUACUGCAGCAACUCCACCUAGUAAGGACCCGAGACAGCAAAGUACUCCCCAAGCCGCCAACUCUCCACCAAACCUUGGAGCAAAAAUUCCUCAAGGAUGUCACAGACAGAGCGUACCAGAAGAACGUUCUUCAUGUGUGCACGUAAAGCUGGAAGCACUGAGGACAAAGCCAGGUGCUGUCUGCAAACCUGGGUUACUCCCUUCAGAGUUGUCUCUGAUCGGAACUGGAGACGUGAAAACUCCAAGUGAGCCAGAGAGUAGCUGUCCCCUGCUGAAAACAAACACUGAUCAGGAAAACAGAGUGGCGUCUAUUCUUCACCCACUAGCUGCCCCUCUUAAGGAGUGCGUACCAACAAAGCCUUCUCCUAAGGCAGAAUUGGAAAUUGCCAAUAUUCCUGAACUGCAGAAGCACCUAGAACAUACACCUUCUACAUCCGAUGCCCGAGUGACCCUUUCAAUUAAGCCAGAAGAGAAGACAGGUGGUAACCAUGAUAGCCUUAGUAGCAGGGUGGAAAAAAAAGUAGAACCUUCAAAUUUAAGUUGCCGGUCACAGAACUUAAAGGAAUCAUCUGGAAAAGUAAACAAUGAAAACAGUUGUACAAGGAGCAACAAUAAAACUCAGAAUGCCCCAUCUCGGAAAUCAGUUUUGACAGACCCUGCCAAACUCAAGAAGCUCCAACAGAGUGGCGAGGCCUUUGUACAGGAUGACUCCUGUGUGAAUAUUGUUGCACAACUGCCCAAGUGCCGAGAGUGUCGCCUGGACAGUCUCCGCAAGGAUAAGGAACCACAGAAAGACUCACCUGUGUUUUGUCGAUUCUUUCACUUCAGGAGGUUACAGUUCAACAAGCACGGUGUGCUGCGGGUAGAAGGCUUCUUAACACCAAACAAGUAUGACAUUGAAGCAAUUGGCUUAUGGUUGCCUUUAAACAAAAACGUGGUGGGGAUAGAUUUGGACACAGCAAAGUAUAUCCUGGCCAACAUUGGAGACCACUUCUGUCAAAUGGUGAUUUCUGAAAAGGAAGCUAUGUCAACCAUUGAGCCACAUAGACAGGUUGCUUGGAAGAGAGCUGUCAAAGGCGUUCGAGAAAUGUGUGAUGUGUGUGACACAACCAUCUUCAACCUGCAUUGGGUUUGCCCUCGGUGUGGGUUUGGCGUGUGUGUGGAUUGCUACAGGAUGAAGAAGAAAAAUUGCCAACAGGGUGCUGCCUACAAGACUUUUUCAUGGAUAAGAUGUGUGAAGAGUCAGAUACAUGAGCCAGAGAACUUGAUGCCAACACAGAUCAUUCCUGGAAAAGCUCUCUAUGAUGUUGGAGACAUUGUUCAUAGUGUACGCGCAAAAUGGGGAAUAAAGGCAAAUUGUCCAUGUUCAAACAGACAAUUUAAACUCUUCUCAAAGCCGACCUUAAAGGAAGACAUAAAACAGAAAGUCUCCCUUUCAACUUCACAGACUUCCUUAGCUGGAGAAAAACCUACUCUUGGUGCCGUGCUCCAGCAGAACCCCUUGGCGAUAGAGCCCACUGCUGUGGGAAGUGAUGCAGCUCCCAAGCCAGCCAGCAGCACCAGGCCUGCCUGUCCUGCCAGCACAUCUCCAUUAAACUGGCUGGCUGACCUGACCAGCGGCAAUGUCAACAAGGAAAACAAGGAAAAACAACUGGCAAUGCCAACUUUAAAGAAUGAGAUCAAAUGCCUUCCACCUCUCCCCCUUUUGAGUAAAUCCAGCACAGUCCUGCAUACCUUUAACAACACAAUUUUGACACCUGUAAGCAACAAUAAUUCUGGUUUUCUCCGAAAUCUUUUGAAUUCCUCAACAGGAAAGACAGAAAAUGGACUCAAGAAUACACCAAAAAUUCUCGAUGACAUCUUUGCUUCCUUAGUGCAAAAUAAGACUUCCUCCGAUAUAUCUAAGAAGCCUCAAGGACUGACGAUCAAGCCCAGCAUUCUGGGUUUUGACACGCCUCACUACUGGCUGUGUGAUAAUCGCUUGCUGUGCUUGCAAGAUCCCAACAAUAAGAGCAACUGGAAUGUGUUUAGAGAGUGCUGGAAACAAGGGCAGCCGGUGAUGGUAUCUGGAGUGCAUCAUAAGUUGAACACUGAACUCUGGAAACCCGAAUCCUUCCGGAAGGAGUUUGGUGAUCAGGAAGUUGACCUAGUUAAUUGUAGGACCAAUGAAAUCAUCACAGGAGCCACAGUAGGAGACUUCUGGGAUGGAUUUGAAGAUAUACCAAAUCGUUUGAAAAAUGAAAAAGAACCAAUGGUGUUGAAACUGAAGGACUGGCCCCCUGGAGAAGAUUUUAGAGAUAUGAUGCCUUCCAGGUUUGAUGAUCUGAUGGCCAACAUUCCUCUGCCCGAGUACACAAGGCGAGAUGGCAAACUGAACUUGGCCUCCAGGCUGCCAAACUACUUUGUUCGUCCAGAUCUGGGUCCCAAGAUGUAUAAUGCUUACGGGUUAAUUACUCCAGAAGAUAGGAAAUACGGGACAACAAAUCUUCACUUGGACGUGUCUGAUGCCGCUAAUGUCAUGGUCUAUGUGGGAAUUCCCAAAGGACAGUGUGAACAAGAAGAAGUCCUUAAGAGCAUCCAAGAUGGAGAUUCUGAUGAACUCACAAUAAAGCGAUUCAUUGAGGGCAAAGAGAAACCGGGAGCCCUGUGGCACAUAUAUGCUGCUAAAGACACCGAGAAGAUAAGGGGGUUCCUUAAAAAGGUAUCAGAAGAGCAAGGUCAAGAAAACCCAGCCGACCAUGAUCCAAUUCACGAUCAGAGCUGGUAUUUAGACCGAUCACUAAGAAAGCGUCUUCAUCAAGAAUAUGGAGUUCAAGGCUGGGCUAUUGUACAGUUCCUUGGGGAUGUUGUAUUUAUCCCAGCAGGAGCUCCACAUCAGGUUCAUAACUUAUAUAGCUGUAUCAAAGUGGCCGAGGAUUUUGUUUCUCCAGAGCACGUGAAACACUGCUUCUGGCUUACUCAGGAAUUCCGCUAUCUGUCACAAACUCACACCAAUCAUGAAGAUAAAUUGCAGGUGAAGAAUGUUAUCUACCAUGCAGUGAAAGAUGCAGUUGCUAUGCUGAAAGCCAGUGAAACCAGUUUGGGCAAACCCUAAGCGCCCCAGAGACGCCUUAACCCCCGCAGGAUGGAAGGGUAUUACCGGCAGCUGUUCAAAUUCUUCAGGCAGGAUUCCUGUGGACUUUGAGAUUCAUGUUACCUCAUCUUCUUUUUUAAACCGUACCCUACUUGUGAGGGUACUUUGUCUAAUGUAUAUAUCUAGUGUUUGCAGACACUAAAUGUGUAUAUGUAGUAACUAUUUACAGAACAUGCAUCCAUAAACUGACUUCUCACCUAGUUCACAACUUUUACCAACCUGUAAAAAAAAAAAUCAGCUUUGAAACAAUACAGUUAGUCAAAAUGGAUUUAUAACGAUUAGAAGUCACACUGUGCAGCUUAUUUGGAUUGUAUUGUCUCGUGUCUGUCUGAAUGCCCCCCCCC